UGACAAACUUUGGGUUCCCUGUGCUCACUCGUCGUUCAAGCCUGCGCAUGCGCUAUUUCCAGAACAACAAAGAAAUCCAAGAUGGCGGACGAGAGUGAAAAACAGGGCCUGAUUGAUAUCCCGGUUGAUGAUGAUGACGAUGAUGUCAUAGACGAUCUUAUUUUCCAAGAUUUCCAUAAAGAAACUGUCCCACAGAGCACAACUACAACAAGUGGAACAAUAGGAAACGCUGUCCCUAUUGAAUCAUCCUUUCCCCCUCCACCCAAAGCAGCAGAUGAUAGUGAUGAUGAUGGGGAUAAAGUAGAGCUGCUCGGUAGUGAACGAAAGGCUCCACCUUUUUGGACAUUUGAGUACUAUCAGGCAUUCUUUGAUGUUGACACUUAUCAGGUUGGACACAGAAUCCUUGGAUCAAUGGUCCCUGCAUAUAAGAGAAACUUCCUGAUAUCACACAUAAGACCCAACCCAGAUCUAUAUGGACCUUUCUGGGUUUGUGCAACACUGGUGUUUACUACUGCCAUAGCUGGUAAUCUGGCCAGUUACCUGGUCCACACUGGAGACCAUGAGUGGGUCUACGAUUUCCACAAAGUUACUCUAGCUGCUGCAGCUAUCUAUGCAUAUGCAUUCCUGGUGCCGACAGGACUGUGGGGGCUGCUUUUGUGGAGGAAGAGCAAUGCUGGGUACUCCUUCUUGGAAAUCCUUUGUGUCUAUGGAUACUCCCUGUCUAUCUACAUACCUAUAUCGUUUCUGUGGGUGAUACCUGUGGAGUGGCUGAGAUGGAUUUUUGUAUUGAUUGGAAUGGUAUUAUCAGGCUCAGUCCUGUUGUUGACGUUUUGGCCAGCAGUGGAAGAUGAUGACAAAAAGGUGUCACUGGUCAUAAUGCUGCUGAUUUUUCUUCUCCAUGGGCUACUGGCCAUCGGCUUUAAGCUGUACUUUUUCCAUGGACCACCAGAGAGCCCCAUAACUACCACCACUUCUACUUUCGUAACUACUAUUGCAACCACUCUCUCUUCAACCCUUGCUACGACACCAAGACCCAAGUAAUACUUUAAUGUGAGAUGUUUUUUUUUUAUCAGUGUGGAGGCAUUACCCAGAGCCUUGAACAUGGCUAAUAGGUUACUUGAAUCAGAAUCGGGGUUGGAGGGAAUCAAUGGCAAUUAAUAGUGUUGUUACUAGGCCUAUAGCAUUCUAGCGAACUCUCAAUGAAAUGGGAGGUCAAACAUAGAGGAAUGGUGAUGAAUAGAAGGGAGACGAAUAAAGCUACAAAACUUUGCAAUAUUGAAAUACUAUGAAAAGGAUACUUGUAAAUUAUUUAUACCCAUAAGCUACAUUUGGUAGUUAAAACACUGUAUUAAAAUAAAGAGAAUUAAAAAGUCUGAGGUUUCAAGUAA